GAUUGGAACUUAAUCUCCUCCCUGCGAGAAGCUCGGUUGCCGAGAUCCAUCCCGUCUCCUUCCGUGCCCUGUUCUCGAAGGAUUUAGGGUUAGGGUUUUUGAAGUGGCGUCGAUCGAAACCCUAAUCGCGCUUGGGAAUCGUCUGGAGGUCCGAAUCCAAGCCAUUCUUCAAGCCCUGGCGCUCCUCGUGGUUUCCGGUCGCCGAGAGGAACAGUGUCUCGAGGAAGCUAAGUUCUUUCUCUUUUUUCUCUACAGAAGUUAGGGUUUUUAAGCGAUUUUCUGUCUUUCCGCUUCGCUUAGUUUUUGUUACUGGAUCCGUUAUUGAGAACUUCGGGCUUUCAUUUCGAUCGGAAAGGAGAUUCGAACUCUGAAUCUUGUGGGGCAAGUUUAGUAUCAUGAACGGGGUGCGAGGAAGAAGAGGAAUUAAGUCUUAGGUUUCGGUAUCUUUCCUCAAAAGAUUGAGAAAUUUGGAGCUUUUCUUUCCAGUGGUUGGAAGUUAGGGAUUUUGUGGCAAUCCCGAGAGAGGUGGUUUUGAGGGACUCUUCUGAAGAGUAUCUCUCCAUUUAUGUGAAGUCCCUGGGGGAGGAACUUGGAUUUUUGCAUGGGUUUGCGGGAAUCGGGGCGGUGCUGCGCUGAGGAGAAGGAUCAAGAGUGAAUAGGGUUUUGGGAGGAGAUUUUUAAUCAUUUCUUGAUUCAGAAAUUCGCGGAGAAGCUUAAACUAGUUUUCAUCAACUGUGGAGUUUAGUCCGGCUACCUAGUUCUGAUCAGUUCGAAGAGCUCAUUUAUCAAGAUGAGUGAGACAAAGGAUAGCACUGAAUCAUCAGACCAAGAAAUGCCAGAACUUUCAGAAGAUGAGCAGAUCGACGAGGUGGCUGAAGAUGAGGACUUCUCACCUUUAAUCGAGAACCCUAUGGGGCAGAACUCUGAGUUGCAAACAGAAGCUUUUGCAGGAGCUUCUCGGGAACCUGCUUCUGUUGAACGGAUUACUAGAAGCGAUGACAUACUGCCUGACCUCAAAAAUGUUGCUGAAGAUCCUGGUCUGCUGAUUGAGAAGGACAAGGCCUCAGAUCACAAUGAGGCAUCUGAUAUCAGGACUGGCAAGGAGAGCAAGAUGGAUAGUGUACAGUUGGAGAAUGGGGGCAGAUCUACUGCAACAGAUAAUAAUGCAGCUCAUUCUGAGGAAUUUACGGAGGCCUCACUGAAACAGGAAAAGGAAGGUGGAGAAUACUUAGCCCAUGUGGAGGGUUCUAACCAGUCAUACACUUUCAACUCUUUCCUGGAUGGUGAUGAUUCUGGAACAGAGGAAGAGCAGGCAGCCUUCAUGAAGGAGCUUGAAAACUUUUUCAGGGAGAGGAGCAUGGAGUUUAAGCCACCCAAGUUUUAUGGAGAAGGGUUGAAUUGUCUCAAGUUAUGGAGGGCAGUGACUAGAUUGGGUGGUUAUGACCAGGUGACAUCGUGCAAGCUGUGGCGUCAGGUGGGAGAGUCUUUCAAGCCCCCAAAGACCUGUACUACUGUGUCUUGGUCAUUUCGAAUUUUCUAUGAGAAGGCACUUCUUGAGUAUGAGAAACAUAAAAUUCGUACAGGUGAGCUCCAAGUGCCGAUCUCUUCCCUUCCAGACACUAUAGUUUCUGAUCAUCAGGUAGCUGGAAAUCAAUCAUCGGGCUCAGGUAGAGCCCGAAGGGAUGCUGCAGCACGUGCUAUGCAGGGUUGGCAUUCUCAGCGCCUACUUGGUAAUGGUGAGGUUGGAGACCCAAUCAUUAAGGAUAAAAGCGCAAUGCCUCUCCUAAAACGUGAUAAACAUCUUAAAAGUUUACUGAAGAGGAAGAAAACAUCUGGCCUGGCUCGUGCAGCCAAAGUUGCACAUACGAAAGUCAUCAGGCCACAAGGGGAUUCGAUGGUUGUUGAUGUUGGCGCUCCCGCUGAUUGGGUGAAGAUCAAUGUCAGGCGAACUGUGAGUUUUUCAAAUAAAACAUACUCGUAGCUAAAUCAAGGUUUGCCGUUUCGGUAUCGGACCCGUGUCGGUGCCACACUAGCAUAAUAUCGAAAGAUUGCUUUGAAGUCUAUGCUUUAGUUCCUGGGCUUCUGCGUGAAGAGGUGCAUGUUCAAUCAGAUCCUGCUGGCCGUUUGGUUAUAUCUGGUGAGCCAGAGCAGCCUGAUAAUCCCUGGGGUGUCACCCCCUUUAAAAAGGUUAUUACCUUGCCUUCGCGAAUUGAUCCGCAUCAAACAUCAGCAGUUGUCACCCUGCAUGGCCAGUUAUUUGUGCGCGCGCCCUUUGAACAGUCAGAUAUAUAAUAGUGAUUUAGGUUUUUGCAAACUAAUAUCUUGUAGUGGCAAAUUUGGGAAGCAAUUGUAGGAAUUCUGUGUUGAUGUUGUACUCUGUGCUGCAGGCUCAAAGAACUCUCGUGUUGCUGAGAUGACUGGUACUGUUUGAUAUCAUGCGGCAAAUCUCAAAUAAGCUGGAAUACUGGACCUUUGUUUAUGUAGUAUGUCAUAUGAGCUGAUAUUUGGUACUUUUAACUAUGGAUGUUGGUCCAAUGUAAUUGGGUUAUGAGUCUUAUGACUUCUUGUUUGUGGUUAGGGUUACUAAGCCAGGGUUGAGAAGUUUGAACAGACAGUUGCAUCUUAAUCUUAAAGAACACCGUCUAGAUGUAUCUAUUUGUAAAUCUAACUUUGAUAUCAGUGCAUCAAAAUGCUACAGGCUCAUCUUUACAACUUCA